GCACUAAUCGGCCCAUGUGAUCGCCGUGCACCGAGUAGGUGGUUGGUUCUGUGGUUCUGCCCAGCCCCAGGGCAGAGGAUGGGAAUCCAGCAUGUGACAGAAACAUAUUUUUACUCCACCCCCUAGGACUGGAUUGCCACCGAGCCAGACAGGGAGAUCAAAGCAUCGGCUGCAGCUCUUCACAAGCUCCCCUGACCCAACUGCUUGCCAAGAUGGGAAGGAAACUGGAUCUUUCCAAGCUAACGGAUGAAGAGGCCAAGCACGUUUGGGAGGUGGUCCAACGGGACUUUGAUCUGCGGAAGAAAGAGGAAGAAAGAUUGGAGGACCUGAAAUGCAAGAUUGAAAAAGAGGGCACCAAGAGGGAGCUCUUGUCCAACCAGUCCCACCUCAACGAGACCCACUGCGUCCACUGCCUGCAGCCCUUCAAGUUCCUGGUGAACAGCAAGCGCCAGUGCUUGGACUGCCACUUCUAUACCUGCAAGAACUGCAGCCGCUACCACAAAAAGGAGCAAGCCUGGAUCUGCGACCCUUGCCGCUUGUCCAGGAUUGUGAAGAUUGGCUCCCUGGAGUGGUAUUAUGAACACGUGAGAUCCCGUUUCAAGCGGUUUGGAAGUGCUAAAGUGAUGCGGUCUCUCUACGGCAGGCUACAGCAUGGGCAGAAAAUGAAUCCAACGUUGCUAGGUCUUCAUGGCAGAGUUUACAGCUUGCCAGACAUCAACAGUGAGUGCCAGCUGCGUGCCAGCGGCGGGGUGCGCAGUGACAGCGAUGAUGAAGAGGACCUCGUGGAUGGCGCCGAAGCUGAGCACUAUACUAGGAUGCGCAAGACAAAGCGCCUGCUGUCUGUUCAUCCUUUUGAUUUUGAACUGGACUCUGAAUAUUCCGCUCAAUCACGCCGUCAAUCUGUGCAGCUUUCUCAAACUCCGGUCAACCAGGAUGGCCACCAGUCAUUCCCGGACUUCCCAGAUGCCGGUGAGGACACCUCCCGGAAGGAGACAAUGAUCGCUGAAGCAGACCUGGCUGCAGUGUUCCACCAGAUCCUUCAGGAGCAGGGGCAACAUAUGACCCCUCCAGAGCAGGAGUUUAGCACCGAGGUCCGGCUGACAGUGAACUCACGAAGGAAGAGCCUGGAAAGGAAUCCCAAACCUGGCAGCCCAUGGACCGAGCGGCACCGACCCCAGUACUCAGCGGAUAUGGACACCUCGGAUGAGGACGUAAAGGGAGCCCAGAAGAUACCUGUCUACCAGCCCCAUCAUGUGAAACGCCGAAACAGAGCCUCCUCCCAGGAGAAUAUAAACCACUCUGGAAAUCAGUCUCCGGCCCCUGAGUCCCACACCGAUGCAGAUGUGGAAGAGGAGGAAUUGAAGAGGAAGCUGGAAGAGUUAGCCAGCAACAUCAGCGACAAAGGAGUUUCGUCUGAGGAAGACGAGGAAAAGAAGAAGGGUGAACCAAAACCCGAAAUGAGCUCCCCCAGGAGUGACCCACCCAGUGAUGCUCAGAAGGUCUGCGCGACUGCUGGGAAGACAUCCGGGCUGAACCAAACCCCGAGGGACCUAGAGGAACGUGCGCGGCACAGCGGGACCACAGACUCCGAGCUGUCAGAGCUGGAGGACAAAGUGGCAUCAGCGGCCGUGCAGAUGCAGCGUGCCGAGAGCGAGGUUUCCGAUAUAGAGUCUCGAAUAGCAGCCCUGAGUGCUGCUGGGCUGACGGUGAAACCAGUGGAAAAGCCAAAGAAGAAAUACAGCACACAGCUGUUUAUGCUCCAGCCUCCCAGGAACGCAGGUAGCAGCCCAGGAGAUCAAAGUACGGACUCUUCAGAGAUGGCAUUGCCAGAUGACUUCAAAGUAAUGUCUAUGCCACAGGUGUUAAGGAGAAAAUUCAACAGUUCCCUUGAAAUUGCCGACAGCGACGAAUCCUUUGAUCGAAACUCCAUUUACCGAGGCUCUUUGACACAGAGGAACCCCAACGGGAAGAACAGGAAAGCAGAUCGCAUCUUCGCGAAGCCUGUGAUGACCCAUCGACCCUGAAGAAGAUGGAGCCUCCCGACACUGCAAUUUUACUAACAGUGCCCGGCCUCAGCUCAGAGCUUCACCUUUAUUUCCCUCAACACAUUCUCCAAAGGGCUGGACAGAGAGGAGGAGGCAGUCCCGUGGGACAGGGAAAUCCUGCCGAGUUUUGCUGACAGAGCUCCGGCUCCACCUCGCUACUCAAGCAACCAAGUCCCAAUAAGAAUCUUGCUGCCUGUUCCUGACAGGGAUUUCCAGCCCACCGUGUCUGGCAAAGCAGCCCCAGCUGUCACACCACACACCCACUAGGUCUCUUCCGCAAGUCUCCAUUGUUGUGAAACUAGGGCAUCUGUCUGCAUUUGAAAGCAGCGUUGUCAAGGCUGGUAGCUGUGAGAGUUAACUCAGGGGGCCAGAUACAUGCUGGGGGAGAUUUAGGUUGGAUAUUAGGAAAAACUAUUUCACUAGGAGGGUGGUGAAGAACUGGAAUGGGUUACCUAGGGAGGUGGAGGAAUCUCCUUCCUUAGAGGUUUUUAAGGUCAGGCUUGACAAAGCCCUGGCUGGGAUGAUUUAAUUGGGGAUUGGUCCUGCUUUGAGCAGGGGGUUGGACCAGAUGCCCUCCUGAGGUCCCUUCCAACCCUGAUAUUCUAUGAUUCUAUGAUAAUUCUGGUGGCGUCAGUGGAGUGAGUUGCUUUCCUCUUGGGUUGGUGUAGAGAAGUCAGUGGUUGGACCCAUCAGUAUUCAAGAGUUUGCAGUGGAUUUAAAGUGCCCGCUCCCCACUGCCUCGAAUGGGGGUCACAUGGCUAAAACCCAGCCCAACACUUUAAAAAUGUGCUGCUAGACGUUUGCAAAGAUCACUCCACAGUUGUCCAAGUUCUGUCCAUUCACCCCUCUCCCCCCAUGGGCAGGAGUGAGGGAAGCUUCCUAAAAGAGGGUUGGAGGCCACCUCAGUAUUUUAAAAUAACAUUUAGUUUAAGAAUGAUCCAUGUGAAUCCUCGUGUGAGUAACAUGUCAUUGCAUUAGGCUUCGGUCAUGAGCGGAGGCAGGGAACCUCUGGAGAUACGUCUUGCAGUCACCUAACAUGGUAAUUGCAAUAGCAGUUGGCAGGACCCAGAGUUACCACGUCACAGGAAAUUCUGUGCUUUUGGGCAUUUUUUCCUUUCUGAAAUGGAACGGAAACAAAAUAUUUUAUCUCCAGUGAAACCAAAUUCCAAAAAAAGUUUGGGGGUCAAUCAAAACAUUUCAUUUCAAUAAAACUGAAACAUUUCAUUCCCAUUUCAAUCUCAAAACUUUCAAAUGUUUUUAGAUAAAAAAAAUUUUUUGGAAAAGUCAUCUUGAACUGAAAAAUGAAAAUGUUCUAGUCCCAAUAUGUCAAAAUUGGAUGUUUCAACCUUAUUAAGAUGCUUCUUGGGAUGUGGAGAAAAUUCAUCAAAAUCGACAUGUUUUUCAAAACAUUCUAAUUUGACAAAAUUUGCAUUUUGGUGGGUGGGUGGGGGUCAAAUUUUGAUGAAAGAUUUCCAACUAGCUGUAGUGACCAACUAAUGGUAUUUGUAUCCUCAACCUACUGUUCUUAUACUCUUGGACAUGCUAGUUGAAAUGAACCAAUGUGGCUUCUCUGCGGCUACUGCCUCAUUUUUAGUAUAAUUCAUACAGAAGCUACUUAAAGUCUCAGAUUCCCUUCGUGACCCUUUAGAAGUCAUUUCCAUUCUCACUAGUAUAGUCCAAGCUGAGAUCUUGAGUUCUCUUUAAGUUGGCAUAAGGCUAGGCUGUUCCGAGAAAUAAGUAGAGCCGACUGUAAAUAAUUAUCUCUAUGUUAGAAACCAACUUCUAGCCACAACCAUGUCAUCACAGCACCCUGAAAAAAAAUUAAAUGACCAAUUGUAUAUGUCUCACCACUGAGCUGACAUCAAGCAUAACCCAGUGACCCAGAUCCUCAGUUGGUGUAAGGCAACUCAAUUGAAGUCAAUAGAAUGAUGCAGAUUUAAACCAGCGACUUGGUGUUUUUUAAAGCCACAGUACAGUACUACCUUGACUAUAAACACAUCCUCUGCUAUGUGCAGUGUGACGGGUUGGAUCACAGAAACCCCCUUGGGAACUGCCAACUGAUGUGCCAAGACUUCUGCCCCUGCUUUCCCUGCCAGCCUGGGACUCCAGCACCCUGUCUUGUUGAGCCAGACACGCCAGUCUGCUCCAACACAGACCCAGGGUCUGAACCACCUGCCCCAAAGCUGCAGAGUUAACUGAAAGCAGCUUACAGAAGUGUUCCUGUCUUUAACACUCAGAUACCCAACUCCCAGCGGGGUCCAAACCCCAAAUAAAUCCGUUUUACCCUGUAUAAAACUUAUACUCAUAAAUUGUUUGCCCUCUAUAACACUGAUAGAUAUGCACAGCUGUUUCCUCGCCCCCCAGGUAUUAAUGCAUACUCUGGGUUAAUUAAUAAGUAAAAAAUUAUUUUAUUAAAUACAGAAAGUAGGAUUUAAGUAGUUCCAAGUAGUAACAGACGGAACAAAGUGAAUUACCAAGUAAAAUAAAAUAGAACACGCAAGUCUAUGACUAAGAAAACUGAAUACAAAUAAAACCUCACCAGUUCCAGUAAGCUUCCUUUUACAGACUAGUCUCCUAGUCUGGGUCCAGCAAUCACUCACACCCCCUGUAGUUACUGUCCUUUGUUCCAGUCUCUUUCAGGUAUCCUUGGGGGUGGAGAGGGUAUCUCUUUAGCCAGCUGAAGACAAAAUGGAGGGUUCUCCCAGGGGUUUAAGUAGACUAUCUCUUGUGGGUGGAGACUCUCUCCUAUGCAAAGUCCAGCUCCAAGAUGGAGUUUUGGAGUCACAUGGGCAAGUCACAUGUCCCUGCAUGACUCAGUUUUUACAGGCAGCAGCCAUGGCUUACCUGCUAGUCCUCAUCUAGACUUCUUAUGUGGAUUGGAGCCUCCCAAGAUCCAUUGUCUCUUAAGUGCUUCUUGACUGGGCACUUAAUUUGCACAUUCCUUUCUCAAGAAGCUGACCAAAUGCUUUACAAAGGCUACUUAGAAAUCAAGCAAGUAUACAGCCAAUAUUCCUAACUUCAAGUACAAAAAUGAUACAUGCAUACAAAUAGGAUGAAUGUAUUCAGUAGAUCAUAACCUUUACAUAGAUACGUUACAUGGCAUAUGUAGCAUAAACAUAUUCCAGUUACAUCAUAUAUACGUUCAUAAGAGUAUUCCCAUGAAGCCUUAUGGGGUACACCAUCACACGCAGUUCCACCUUUAGUUCAGUACCAGUCUAUCAGAAUCUCAUGAACCUUGGCAAUGUAAAAUAAGGCAUUAUUCAGACUCUAGCUUUCAGACCAUUUUUAUUUAUCUACUUUAAUCCUCCUCUGUCUCUAUAUAUCUGUACAUAUGUUAAAUCUUACAAUAAAGCCGAUUUUGUGUUAGGA